AUGAACGAGUCUACACCGGCCAACAAAAAAUACGGUGUAUUUUUGGGCCCAAUAGUGAAAGGCGGGGACGCCGACCAAAUUGCCACAAACGUGUUCAAAAUGUUGCUGACUUUAGGCGUGAGGUGUUCUGAGAUCUCUUGUGUUCUGAUUAAUUCCAAAGCUGGAUACGUCAAGAUUGAGGUGGGUAGAAGUGAGUGUGAGGACUAUUUAAUGAAAGUGCUCCCGGAGAUCAAGAGCAUCAUGAGUCUGUUCGAUCUGAGACUGAUACUGGAAUGUCCCAAGCACGUGAAAGUUGUCAGGAUUCGACAGGUUGCUCACGCUAACAGUGAUCAGGAUAUCUCCGAUGGGGGCAGCUCUACAUAUCGCCCUGGUACUGGAGAGACCUUACCCGAGUUACUGCGCAACACUCAGCCAAUAGCUAAAGAAUCCCACCAGCGCCCAAAAGCUGCUGGGCACGAAAUAACUGUGAAGACACCUGUUAACAUCACGGACAAGAGCUCUGAAACAUCCUCGUCUGCGUUGAUUGAGUUCCAGGAACUGGUUGAAGAAGAUGACUCCCGAUUGAUGCGACAGGAAGUGACUUCCGUAUCCGAUAUGGUGUCCUCAGACAAAGGUCACGAGUCAGAGAUACUCCAUAGUUCUAGUUCUAGUUCUGGAGGGAAGCCGGUGAUGCUCAAUAAAAAGACAUCCACGCCAGCUGGACUUCCCUGUGAUUGUCCAGACACUGUCUUCUAUCGCCGGUUCCAGCAAGUCGGAACUGAGACAAGGUACUCGGAAUUUAAGAGAGGCGGCGUCAUUUACAACCAGCAAGCAUUUAGAACUUUGAUAGCUAAAUAUGUCUGCGGAUUUGCUAAUGCUGAAGGCGGCACUCUAUUUUUCGGUGUUAGUGACGAUGGGAUCGUGCGCGGAGUAGCCAUUGAUAAAGUGUUAGAGAAAACGAUACGAUUAGACAUCGAUUUUGCUGUAGGAUUGAUAAAGCCACUAGUGGAGAAAUGCGAGUACACUGUCAACUUUGCUAGAGUCGAAGAGGAAGAAGGAGAGUUCUCUCGCAAUCUGAAGGUUCUAGAGGUUUGCGUGAAGCCGCGGAAGCCUGGAGCUCUCAGGUAUUCUUAUAAUGGAGUCGGAUACAUAAAAAGAGAUGGAAGUCUGCAGAAAAUUAAGAUUACCUAA